GUCGCUGCAUUAAUGCUCCCUAUAGAGCAGCAGGAGAGGAUGGAGCUGAGUGAAUGAAUGAGAUGCUGACAGACAGACACAGAGGGAGAAGGAGCAGCAUCAGCAUCCUCUCUUUGAGUUCCUGGUUUUUACAAGUUAAAGGGGGAUUUAUUGAGUUGGGGUGACUUCAGGUCCAGCACAUGAUGCAUUUGUAGGUGAUCAUCGACGAAGCUGAGCUGAGUCCUGGAGCAGGAACAGGAGGAGGAGGAGGAGGAGGAGGAGGAGGAUGAUAAAACCUGGAGUAUGCGCCAAGUGUUUUCUGCCUUUUCUCCAAAUACAAAAAAAAACCCGACAUGAAGCUCCCUGUUGAAGGACUACCAGCAGCACCAAGAGGCGUUCAAACCCCCCCUUUGUGGGAGUUUAAGCGGCUGGUUGGAGGGAUUUAAUGGCACAGAGGACAGCGAGGAAGAACCAGCGGUUGAAAGUGGGAUUUCUGAGCAGACUGAGGAGUGAAUAUUAAGUUUGAUUCCCUUCUCCCGGAUGAGGAUAACUCACAUCUUCACAUGGACCUCAAAGGAGAAUCCAAAUAAGCUAGCAACGGAUGGAUAAAGCUAGCUUAUUUAGACAUUAUUCGCUCUUUAACCGGUUUGACAACAGAUUUAUUUCUCUUUUCGACUUUCUCUCUUUUUCUAGUUCAACUUUCACACCCUUCCCUCGGUUAUAAAUCACUCUGCCUUCUCCUGUCCCGAGUUUAGCCCCUUUAAUCCUCGUCCAGGAGGAGUUUAAUUUGGCUAGCUAACGGUAGCUUCUAACGGCUAGCUUGUGACACCAACACUCCCCCCCUUCACCUAAAAAAUGCUCCCAAGGGCAUAAACCACCAAAACCACCAAAACCACCAUCACAACACCACCGAGCCAUGUCGGACUGAGACCAGCACCGGGGCUCCAGAGAGGCUGCUUUAGUUGGAUCAAAAAAGCUGCAGAGCUAGCCUCCAAGACCUCAAGAGACCACCGAGAGGAUCAGAGUCUACUCGCCACCAAAUCCAGCAAAAAUGGGAGAGCAGCCCAUCUUCAGCACACGGGCCCACGUCUUCCAGAUCGACCCAUCAACCAAGAAGAACUGGGUUCCCACCAGUAAACACGCCGUCACAGUCUCCUACUUCUUUGACAGUACCAGGAAUGUAUAUCGAAUCAUCAGCUUGGACGGAUCCAAGGCCAUUAUCAACAGCACCAUCACCCCCAACAUGACGUUCACAAAGACAUCGCAGAAGUUUGGGCAGUGGGCGGACAGCCGGGCGAACACCGUGUACGGCCUCGGAUUCUCGUCAGAGAGCCACCUGGUCAAAUUUGCAGAGAAGUUCGUCGAGUUCAAAGAGGCGGCGAGGUUAGCGAAGGAGAAGUCUCAGGAGAAGACGGCGCUCAGCAGCACUCCCUCUCAGGAGUCGGCCCCCGGUGACCUGCUCUCACCUAUGACCCCGGAGAGCAUCAACGGCACAGAGGACGAGAGAGUCACACCAGAGGCGCCUCAUGUACCUGAAGCCAGAGGGGAGCCUUCCCAGAAUGCAUUGCACUUCUCACAAAGUUCCACCAACAUCAAUAAGCACUGGGAGGCGGAGCUCGCGGCGCUGAAGGGGAACAACGCCAAGCUGACGGCGGCUCUCCUCGAGUCCACGGCCAACGUGAAGCAGUGGAAGCAGCAGCUGUCGGCCUAUCAGGAGGAGGCGGAGCGGCUACACAAACGGGUGACGGAGCUGGAGUGCGUGAGCGGCCAAACUACUGUGAUCAAGUCCCAGAAAACUGAGCUCAACCACACGAUAGAGGAGCUGGAGCUCACUCUGAGGGCGAAAGAGGAGGAGCUGGAGAGACUUAAAGCAGAGGUGGAGAGUGCCAACGAGUUCCAGUCUCGGAGAGAAACCCUCACACAGAGACUACAGGACUCAGAGUCCAGGAACCAGACUCUGGAGGCCCAGCUGAGCGACCUGGAGCAGCGUCUGGACGGCAGCCAGCAGGAGCAGGAGGCCUUCAGGACGAGUCUGCGCACACUCCUGGAGCUGCUGGACGGCAAGAUCUUCGAGCUGAACGAGCUGAGGGACACACUCGCCAAACUGCUGGAGGGCAGCUAGAGCGACCACACUCCCAGACCCCCAUACAAAGAACCACUGAACCCAGCACCACCACAACCACCAUCACCAUCACUGCAGCCAGCCAGCACUCUGAGGAGAACACACCUGCAUGUUGGACUCCACCACACGUCAGACGACUUGAAUCUCUUUUUUUAAAAACCCACGUGUGGAAGAAAUUGUUUACACACAAUUUUAUGCAUUUAGCGGUGUACACACACACACGCACACACACACACACACACACACAUGCGUGUUUUUUGCUAUGGUUCACGUUUACAAACACGCCAAGUGAAGAGGCUUCGCUUGGACCAUGCCUUCCCUCCGCUCCACUCUGGAUCGACCCUCUGGCAACACGUUCAAAAGACUCUGAAUGAACUUUGAUUUCCCAGCGUCCCCUGAAUGUCUCGUUGAGGAGACGCUGGAUUUUCAUUUUUUUUUGCUUCUUCAAUCAAAAAGACUUCUUCGAGCUUCGCUUUGGUGCAUUUUUAAAGUCGCCAUGGAGUCGAUGGUUGUUUUCUUUUCUUCCUCAUGUCAUCGUCAGCCAAAUAAUCAAUGGAGAAGGACUCUGACACUUUGAGGUUUCUUACAUUUUCUGUUUUGAACUCGAAUGUCACGAUAAGGGGACGCUGAAAUCCACCGAUGAACUGCCAAAUGUUUAAAAAAAAAAGAAAAAAGGAAACGGCCGGUGAGGACUUUUGUCUUAUUCUAUUCUUCUACAAUAAACAAGCAAUACAAAGGGAGCUUCAGAGAGUAAAAGAAACACUUCCCACUCUCACUUUCAGGUAAUUUUACUCUCUGAUACGCUUAGACCAGAAAAGAGGCGGGAUUUAAUUCUUUGGUCUUUCUUUCUAAACCCCUUUUUUUAAAGACUUCAUAGUGCACUUGU